AUGAAUUUGGAUGUGGACGUUAUAAGGCCCUUGUACUCGGGAUUGCGGCUAAAUAUGGAGUUCUUCACACGCAAAUAUAAAUCGAACACCUAUCAAAGCUUUUAUGAAUACUCUCUAGACAUGUGCAACAUUCUGAGCAAUCGAAAAGGCAAUAUGUUUAAAAAAUGGAUCUCAUCAUUCAAAUUGUAUGGUAACUUUUUUCGUAAUUGCCCAUUUCCAAAGAAUCAUUACUACAUAAGAGAUUACAAUAGUUCUGAACUUGAUAUUCCAUCGUUCUUUUUUCCCGGCGCCUAUCGCAUUACGACCAAGUUGUUUCAGAGCAAGAAGGACAAUAGAGAUCCGGAUUUUUUGCUUGCCUUAAAGUCUAGCGUUCUCAUCCAAAACGGACAGUAUAAGUACAGCCCCAACUAUUUCGAAAACUUUACCCUGAGCAUCAUCAAUAACACGAUAAAUCUGGACAUGAUAAUCAAGAAGCCCUUGAACCGCGGCUUCAAAUCGCUUGUCGACUUCUCUAUAAGUUUGGGCAAAGCAAAGCAUUACCAGCGCGUCUUUGCCCAUGUUUUAGACACUUGUGGAAUUGUGUCGGCACUCCAGAAUAAUAUUUUCAAAACUUGGUUCAAGAGCAUGCUGAAUCAUGGCAACUUCAUGCUCAACUGCCCAGUCCCCGAGGGUCAUUAUUUUCUGCGAAACUGGAAGCUGGAGUCACAACUGGUGCCUCAGUACUUGUACGCGGGCGAUUAUCGUGUCUCUACUCACUUCUUUUUUGGAAAACUCAAGACAAAGCAAGAGGAAUUUGUAUUGGAUAUGACUAUCUUCGCAAUAUUGAAAACAGAUUAA